AUGAUCUUCAUCAUCACAAUCCUCCUGCUCGCCGCCGACUUCUACUACCUCAAGAACAUUGCGGGCCGGCGCCUCGUCGGCCUCCGGUGGUGGAACGAGGUGGACCCGCAGACGGGCGAGUCGCAGUGGGUGUUUGAGAGCCUGGAGCCGGGCACGCGGCAGAUCAAUGCGACGGACAGCCGGUUCUUUUGGCUGGCGCUGUACAUUCAGCCGCUGUGGUGGGUGCUGAUGGCGGUGCUGGCGCUUAUUCGGCUGCAGUUUCUGUGGCUGCCUCUUGUUGCGAUUGCGCUUGCUCUUACGAUUAUCAACACGCUGGCGUUUUCCCGCUGCGACAAGUUUAGCCAGGCGUCGAAUUUCGCUGGAGGCGCUUUUGGGUCGACGAAUUUGGCGGGCAGCAUUGCGAGCAACUUUGUGAGCCGCAUGUUCAGGGUGUAA